GAGAGAGCGGGAGGAGGGACGGGAGGCUGGAACAGGGCAGCCGAAGGCCGGGCCAGGUGGCUGGAGCGGGUGCCGGCCGCGCUGCGCUGCUCUCGGUUCCGACGGCCUCUUUCAUGCGCUGAGGGCGCCCGGCUGGGCCGGGCCGGCGGCCGGAGGGGAGGCUCCUCUCCAUGGUCCAGAAGACCAGCAUGUCCCGGAGCCCUUACCCACCCUCCCAGGAGAUCCCCAUGGAGGUCUUCGACCCCAGCCCGCAGGGCAAAUACAGCAAGAGGAAAGGGCGGUUCAAAAGGUCGGAUGGGAGCACGUCCUCGGAUACGACAUCCAACAGUUUUGUCCGCCAGGGCUCAGCGGAGUCCUACACCAGCCGUCCAUCGGACUCUGACGUGUCUCUGGAGGAGGACCGGGAAGCCUUAAGGAAGGAGGCAGAACGCCAGGCAUUAGCCCAGCUCGAGAAAGCCAAGACCAAGCCGGUGGCAUUUGCUGUGAGGACAAAUGUCGGCUACAACCCGUCUCCGGGGGAUGAGGUGCCGGUGCAGGGAGUGGCCAUCACCUUCGAGCCCAAGGACUUCCUGCACAUCAAAGAGAAAUACAAUAACGACUGGUGGAUUGGGCGACUGGUGAAGGAGGGCUGUGAGGUUGGCUUCAUCCCCAGCCCCGUCAAACUGGACAGCCUGCGCCUUCUGCAGGAACAGAAGCUGCGCCAGAACCGCCUCAGCUCCAGCAAAUCAGGUGACAACUCCAGCUCCAGCCUGGGAGACGUGGUGACUGGCACCCGCCGCCCCACGCCCCCUGCCAGUGCUCCGUCUCUCUGCCUCCCUCCCCCACCCCACCCCCAUUCAUUUCUCCUAGCUCUGUUCCAUUCACCUCUUCUUCUCUCUUUUUUCCCCAUCCCAUCCCUGCCUUCUGUACUGUGUCUCCAUGUCCAUCCCACUCCUCCCCACCUCGCCUCCCUCCUCUCUCCUGACUGCGGUCCAGGUAAUGAAAUGACUAACUUAGCCUUUGAACUAGACCCCCUAGAGCUAGAGGACGAGGAGGCAGAGCUCGGGGAGCAGAGCGGCUCUGCCAAGACUAGUGUUAGCAGUGUCACCACCCCGCCACCCCAUGGCAAACGCAUCCCCUUCUUCAAGAAGACAGAGCAUGUGCCCCCCUAUGACGUGGUACCUUCCAUGAGGCCCAUCAUCCUGGUGGGACCGUCGCUCAAGGGCUAUGAGGUUACAGAUAUGAUGCAGAAAGCUUUAUUUGACUUCUUGAAGCAUCGAUUUGAUGGCAGGAUCUCUAUCACUCGUGUGACAGCGGACAUUUCCCUGGCUAAGCGCUCAGUCCUCAACAACCCUAGCAAACACAUCAUCAUUGAGCGCUCCAACACACGCUCCAGCCUGGCUGAGGUUCAGAGCGAGAUCGAGCGAAUCUUCGAGCUGGCCCGGACCCUUCAGUUGGUUGCUCUGGAUGCUGACACCAUCAACCACCCAGCCCAGCUCUCCAAGACCUCACUGGCCCCCAUCAUUGUUUACAUCAAGAUUACUUCUCCAAAGGUACUUCAGAGGCUCAUCAAGUCCCGAGGGAAGUCUCAGUCCAAACACCUCAAUGUCCAAAUAGCGGCCUCAGAGAAGCUGGCGCAGUGUCCCCCGGAAAUGUUUGACAUCAUCCUGGACGAGAACCAAUUGGAGGAUGCCUGCGAGCACUUGGCCGAAUACUUGGAAGCCUAUUGGAAGGCCACACACCCGCCCAGCAGCACUCCGCCCAAUCCGCUGCUGAACCGCACCAUGGCUACUGCAGCUCUGGCCGCCAGCCCCGCCCCUGUCUCCAACCUCCAGGGACCCUACCUUGCUUCCGGGGACCAGUCGCUGGAACGGGCCACCGGGGAGCACGCCAGCGUGCACGAGUACCCGGGGGAGCUGGGCCAGCCCCCAGGCCUUUAUCCCAGCAGCCACCCACCAGGCCGGGCGGGCACCCUUCGGGCACUGUCUCGCCAAGACACGUUUGAUGCCGACACCUCUGGCAACCGAAACUCUGCCUACACGGAGCUGGGAGACUCAUGUGUGGACAUGGAAACUGACCCCUCAGAGGGCCCAGGGCUUGGAGACCCUGCAGGGGGCAGCACCCCACCAGCCCGUCAGGGAUCCUGGGAGGAUGAGGAAGAAGACUGUGAAGAGGAGCUGACCGACAACCGGAACCGCGGCCGGAAUAAGGCCCGCUACUGCGCAGAGGGUGGGGGUCCAGUUUUGGGGCGCAACAAGAAUGAGCUGGAAGGCUGGGGGCGAGGUGUCUACAUCCGCUGA